AUGGUGCUGCGGUUGAGCAACAUUGUUAUCCGCCGCAUCUACAUUGAUCAAAUCAUCAGGACGCUAUCGUCGACGACCGAAGAUGCGUUGCCACAAGAGGGACAAGCCCCAAACGAAUUUUGGAGAGGCAUGUCCCACGACCUCUUCGCCAACGUAGUCGAAUUACACGAGCAGGUGGAGGCCUACUUCAGUCUUUGCCCGCACAUUGCCCCUUCUGAGGCCGAGGGCAUGGCGAUGGGUUCCCUGAAAGUCCUUGGCGAGCUGCAUGAGGCAUGGCCCACCAGCGGCAGAUGGCGAAAGGGCCUCCAGCAGAUUGCGAGCCCUCUAUCUAACACAGCAUCUCCAGCUGCGGGGAAAGACCCCGGUGGAGCGGGAAUGUCUACGAGGCAGGAUAAUAGCGGCCUGGAUGCGGCGUGCAGCACUACCGCCGACGGCCCAGACGACCAGUUCGAAGCUGAGCUUGCGGCCUUCCUUAAUGGGGACUUACACUAUGACUUACUGGAGGGUCUUGGCACAUCAGUUGGCCAGUUUGAUUGA